GGAAGUAUUUAGUAUUACUCAAUUCCUAAUGAUUUGACCCAAUAACAGUGCUAUCAUGCCACUAUGUGGCGGCGUCGCACAAUUUGAAAAAAAAAUUCUCUUCUGCCGUUUAUUGUUUACUUAACACGGAUGACAACAAUUAGUCGCUAUUGAACUUCUCAGUUAAUUAAAUAAAACAACUGAAUGUGUAAACAUGUUUUUUGCGCUCCUAAAGAGAAAACAAAAUCCCGCGUUUAGCGCUCAACACAGUUGUCGGUUUGAAGCCACCACAACCGAAUGCGCCUCUGCAUUUCUGUUUUAAAUCCGUGAUUGUUUUUAUUUGAUACUCGCCGCCAUGGACGAAUCGACGUUCCUGAUGCUGCUGUCCGUCCUGAUGUUGGUGGCCAGUUACUUAUCGGGCAGUGUGCCGCUAGUGAUGCCCAUGUCAGAAGCCAAGUUGGAACUCGUGUCUCUAUUCGGAGCUGGCCUCCUGGUCGGCACUGCGUUGGCUGUGAUAAUACCCGAAGGAAUUCAUUCCCUCUAUUCGACUGUGACGCCACACAAAAGUGCUGAUAAUAUAACAGUCGCUGUAGACUUUAGUGAUGUAAAUUUUCAUUCAGUGAUUGGAGUUACAUUAGUAUUAGGAUUUACACUAAUGUUGCUAGUAGAUCAGCUGUCAUCAAAAUACACCAAAGAUGUAGAAGCGGGAUUUGCCAGCCGCAACUCAGGUAGCAUGACAGCUACCUUAGGUCUUGUAGUGCAUGCGGCUGCUGAUGGUAUUGCUUUGGGUGCUGCAGCUGCCUCGACUCAAACAGAAGUGGAAAUGAUCGUUUUUAUUGCAAUAAUGUUGCAUAAAGCACCAGCUGCCUUUGGUUUAGUCACCAUUUUAUUACACCACGGACUUGACAAGAAAAGAAUACGUAGACAUCUGUUAGUAUUUUCAAUGGCAGCACCUGUAGGUGCACUACUCACUUUUUUUUGCAUAGGACAGGAAAGUAAAGAAACGUUAUCGUCCAUGAAUGCCACUGGAGCUGCCAUGUUAUUCAGUGCAGGAACAUUUUUGUAUGUUGCUACAGUUCAUGUACUUCCAGAACUAAUGGUUAAAGCUUCUAAAGGGGGCAGUGAUACCUUUAACCCAAUACAAUUGUUGUGCUUAGUAUGUGGCACUGUGACACCAUUAAUGUUGUCGGUCCACCACGGUCACUAAGUGCUAAGACCAAAUA